AUGGCGGUGCGUGAACGCGCGGCGGCAGCAAUGGCCGCUCUGGAGCGGCGGGUGCCGAGUCUCGAUGACUUCGCGGGACAGAGCUGGAGCUCGUGGGUGGAGCGGGCCGAGCUGCCCGCGGCCGACGGGGCUGAGUUGGAGGAGAGUAACAAAAACCUGAAGAAGUUGGAUGCCAUGACCCUCAUUAAAGAAGACAUGUCCAUCUUCGGGCACUGCCCUGCCCAUGACGACUUCUAUUUGGUUGUAUGUAACCAUUGCAGCCAAGUGGUGAAGCCUCAAGCUUUCCAGAAGCACUGCGAAAGAAGACAUGGGCCGCUCAGCAAGCUUUACGCCCGGGCCCCACCCCCACCUCCAGCCCCUGCCAGCUCUCAGAAAUGCCAUGUAGUGAACGGUCAGGGCCCAGCUUGUAGGGCCCCAGGUUCCACCAAAACCUCCUCCAGGGAGAAGGGCCAGGGGUCCCGGAGCCGUGGCCACCAGCCUCCUGAGAAGACCCAGAAGGACAACCUCUGCCUUUUCGUGCCUGUGGUGAAUCUGGAAAAGAUGUCCAGUCUCCCGAAGCCCGAUGGACACGGAAUCAGGGUGGCUCCACCCUCUGCUUUCCUCAGCCAGCCGGCUGGCCUCACCAAGGACUCCCCUGGAAAAAACCCCAUGGCAUCCCCUUCUAAAGAACUUCCUGGCAGGGGGAGCAUCGAGAUAACCCCCAGCGAGGGCCCCAGUCACCGGGCUGAAGGCAGCCCGUCUGAAAAGGAGCCUGGUGGGGCCAGGCUGCCCCCUAAAGCCCACCGGAAGAUGGCUCGGAAGGAGUGCGACCUCAACAGGCAGUGUGGGGUAAUAAAUCCAGAGACCAAAAAGAUCUGUACCCGCCUGCUGACCUGCAAGAUCCACUCCGUGCACCAGCGCAGGGAAGUCCAGGGCCGAGCCAAGGACUUUGACGUGCUGGUGGCAGAGCUGAAGGCCAACUCCCGCAAAGGGGAGUCUCCCAAGGAGAAGAGCCCAGGGCGCAAGGAGGCAGCUCUUGAGCGCCCCUCCCAGGAGCCCCCCUCCUCAGUCCAGGUUGUGGCAGCAGUGGCUGCUCCCAGCAGCACCUUCUCUGCUCGUGCCAAGCAGACCUACCCAUACUGUGCACUGCCCAGGUCCCGGGCGUCCUCUGAGAGUGAGUUGGAUGAUGAAGGCCCUUGUGGUGGUGUUGGGGACCCAGGCCUGUUCCCCUUCCCCCUGCCCCGGGGUGGUGCCCAGGCCUCCAGCGAGGAGAGUGAGGAGGAGGGGACAUCUGAUGACCUCCACCUCCCCACUGACUGCCAUUAUGCAACCCGGCCCCCUCGGCCGCAGGCGUUCUGCACCUUUGGGAGCCGGCUGGUGAGUCCAGGAUGCUAUGUGUUUAGCCGCCGGCUGGACAGGUUCUGCUCGGCACUGAGCUCUAUGCUGGAACGGCACCUCAGCUCACACAUGUGGAAGAAGAUCCCCCCGGCGGCUGAGCCUCCAUCCCACCUUGUCAGCUCCCCGCCAUCUGCUCCCCUGAGCCCAUCCUCUGCGGGCAGUUGCCCCCGCCUUCCAGGCCCACCCCCCAGACCCGCCUGCCCAGCCUCCACGCCCCCCACCAAGGACAGUCUUGGCCCCGGCUACCCUGCAGGCUCCCCCAGCGUGGCAGCCGCCUGCAGCCAGGCGGAGUGCAUGGGCGGGAGCCAGGCUAUCACCUCACCACUGCCUGCCAACACACCUUCCCCGUCCUUCAGCAAGCUCCCACCUUCCAAGGCCAGCAAGUCAUCCAAAGGCAAGGACGGGCUCGAGGUGGAGGCUCCUUCUCGAAAGCGAAAGUUAUCCCCUGGGCCCGCCACUUUCAAACGGACCUGCAUCCUGGAGCCCACUGGAAAAGGCAAACCCUCUGGCUGCCGGGGCCUCUCGGCCAAGACUAAAACAGGCCUGGGCAUGGGGCUUAAUGGGACGGUGGAGCCGAGAGUGAAGCGGGCAGGGCCCCUGGACUGUCGGGGUUCCCCUCAUCAGCCCCCCACGCCAGUCAAGGCUUCUCAGCUGGACAACCAGGGAGCGGCUGGACACCCGGCCAAGGCCCUGCCGACCAACUGCCUCUCUGAGGAGGAGGUAGCCAAGAAGCGGAAAAACCUGGCCACUUACUGCCGGCCAGUGAAGGCCAAGCACUGCCAGGCUGGUGCUCCUGCCGACGCGGCCUGCUCUGUGCGCCGCAAGAAACCGGGUCCGGCCCUGGCCUUUGAGGAGAAGUGUUCUACACUGAAGGACUUGGAGCUACCUCUGUUCCCUGAAGGAGAGGAAGCUGGACUCCAUGAGCUCAGAUAAGAAAGUCAAAAGCCCAUUAACGAGAAAGUGCCUGCCCACUGCGAUGGAGCCGCCAGCACCUCCUCCCCUCCAGAUCCGGGCCCCAGGCUGCUGCCGCUUUUUAUAACUUUAUAUUAUUUUUUUUAAGAAAAAAAAACUCUUUAAAAUACCUCAAGACUGUCUCCCUGUUCUGUUGCUGCUAAGAAAAUAUAAAAACAGAAACGUAGAAAAGGAAGGAAAGAAAUGUAACAAAAUGAGUGUCCUUACUGUCCCCA